UGGGGUCUCUCCAGGUGCUCUGGCUUCAUCCCACAGUCCAAAGACAUGCAGGUUAGGUUGAUUGGCCACUCUAAAUUGCUCACAUUAGUGCCUAUUUAUAUAUCUACUGUAUAUCCCAAUUUGAGUUGCAUCAGUUGAUUCGCUGUGGCGACCCCUAAUGAGGCAUCUGUUGCUGAUCUGAAUCUGUGGGGCCAGCUGAAACAUCUCCAUCCACACAGACUGUAACCCCGUCAUCUCAUUUUGUUCAGUCAUUUCUCUUCUUUUGUGCUGAGGUGACACAGUGAGUGCAUUACUACUGACUGAAUUAACUUAUUUUAUUGAGUUUCACAAUAAAUUAAUCUUGAUUGUCUAAAGGCAUGUUUUAUAAAUAUGGCAGCUAGUAUACACAUAGUAGACAAUAGCCCAGUGGCCCUUAACGUUUAUGGACUUGUGAGCCCUUAAAAUCAUUCAAAGUGGUUUCUUUUUGUAAACAAACAUAUGAUAUGACCUGAUGAUGUAAUCUUGUUAACACAGUGGGGAUUUAAUUAGUGCACGUUAGCUUCAGUGGACCUGCUCAGAGACUGUAUGAAGUGUGGGUGGGCUGUGUGAUCAAAGGUAUUUCCUUCCACCUAUGAGCUGGGGAGGGAAUGCAAACAGGGAUGACCGGGCAGAGGAUAACACCACCCACCCCCUCCUCCGCUCACAUGACUGUGAUUAGAGCAGAGGAGCCGUGUGGUGGGACAGACAGAGCGAGAGAAAGCGAGCACAGUGACUGGCAUCUUUCUGAUAUCGGAGCACAGGGCACACCAGGAAGCUAGCUUGCCUUUGAUCCCUGGCUGAGGCUCAUCCACUUCUCUGGGUUGCAGGAAUGAGGGUGCUGCACUGGUGCAUGCUGGGAGUGACCUUCCUGCUGCUGAUGUGCGAAGUUGCCAUCAGUCAGCUAUGUAAUUCCCUCAUCACCCUGGUAGAUGGUUUCCACACGCUCUUCAUCCUCCUUUGCAUGGCUCUUCCUCCUCCUCCCAAUGCAGGUGUAAUGAAACCUCUGCUCUCCUCUUUGGACCCCCCUUCACCUCAUCCACAUGUUCCUCCCAUCCUGCCUGCAGAGCUAUCCAUCGAGCCUCUACUUAGCUUUCAGACCACCACUGGUGGGUCAUCCAGCCCAGAUCAACCUCCUGCUCCUCAGCUUACCCAUGAAUCACCCUCACCAAUUAACUCUCAGCAACCCCCCUUCCCAAAAAUCUCUCCUCCAGUGCCUGGCUGCGGCGUGUCCUACACCGGCAGCAGGAUUCAGCCUGUGGGGGCGUUCCUCUCCACUCUCCUCCUGGGUUCUCUGUGCAUGUCCUACUUAAUGGAUAUCAUCAGCUUCUCCCUGGAGCCACGCCACAUACAGCGCCCCCUGCUGCUCGUGGUGGUUGGAUCUGUCAGUCUGCUCCUUAAGAUGCUGCUGCUCCAGCUGUACUGGGAUCAGCUGCAGGACGGGAGGGCCAGAGUCAGCAGGCGGCCAGAGACCAAACCUCACCUUGAAGUUACCUACAAAGUCUUUGCUGUCGAGGAAACCAAAGGUCAGGCUGAGCCAGAGCAAGCCGUUAGCGGCCUCCUUGGCGCUGACUCUCACACCCUACGUCAACAGCCAGAAGCCCACCUGCAUGCAGCAGCUCCACAGCACGAACGGGACUUUGAAGUGGUGAGCGAUGCAGCAGAUCUGAAGGCCUCCAAGUGGACAAGUCAUUCAGAAGACAACGGGGAGACAUCUAGAGACGGUGCCUGCAUGAAACACACUGAGAGUCCAACUGCAACUAAACCAUCCCCGGUCUGCACGUCAGCACAUCACACUGAUGACCCUCACCCAGGCAGCCAGUGGCCCAUCUGCCCCUUGUCCCUGAUCCUUGUCAUUCAGGGCCUUUUCACUUCUACCCUGGCCCUGGUCAACAGCCUGGUGAUGCUGCUGAUUGGCCCGCGGUGCCUGCACAGCUCUGGAACUUGCAGCCUGCUGGUUUACCUGGAUCCUGGUCUCUCCCUGCUGGCUGUGAUCACACUGAUUGCCAGAGCAAGGCCACAGAUGUUCAGGUAUGGACUGCUGCUGCUUCAGGCUGCACCGCCGCACAUUUGUGUGUCUGACAUUGAGCAGAGGAUUGUGAGCGUCCCUGGAGUGCGGGCCGUGCACGACCUCCACGUGUGGCAGUUAACUGAGUCAUUAAUGGUGGCCUCUGUCCACGUCCACUGCCACCCUGGGUUUCCAGCGCACAGGUGUGCUGAUCUGAUGUUGGCAGUCACUAAGGUGCUGCAGAGUGUAGGAGUGAGCUGCUGCACCGUUCAGCCAGAGUUUGCUCCCUGCUCUGGGUCCUCUGCAGGCAGGGGGGGUGACGCCUCCCCUGUUGUCCACAGAGAGGACCCGUCCCCACCUCCUCUCCUGGCCUGCAGCCUCACCUGUGGAAAAGCUUGCACUGGGAGCAUGUGCUGCUCUCCCCUAGAGAAGGAGACCGGCGGCCUGCUGGCACCACCAGCUGGGGAAAUCGACAACACCUUUGUCUGAGACUGUUUUACCCAAAGAACCACGGUGGUGGAAAAUAAAUCAGUGAUUUGAUAUCCAUGUCCAGAUGUCAGGCUAAAGAUGGGGGAAGAUGAGGCAGAUUAGAAAGUGAUCUCAAAACAUGGCCUGCACAUUACACUGAAGAGAGCUGUUAGUUUUAUGACAUCAACAAUGUGGUAUACCAAAGAUUUGUAUGCAAUAUUAUGUAACUUUUUUUGUUAAAUUUGGUCUUGUGUUGCUUCUUUUGGGCCUGUAUUCUC